AUGCAGCUCGUACAAGAGCGGUCGUCAAUCGUGAUCGCCAAGCCGCACACGACUUAUUGGUACGUUAAUUGUCUUUAUAAUGACGACUCCGUCGAACGUCGUUUCCGUUUGAAUAAGGCUAUAUUUUUACGUAUUAGUAAUGCUUUAGAAUCUCGUUAUGCUUUUUUCAAACAAAAACCCGACGCUAGAGGAAGAAUGUGUUUUAGUAGUAUACAAAAAUGUGCGGCUGCUCUUAGGUAUUUGGGAUACGGUAUAACAUUUGAUGCAUGUGACGAAUACUUGAAAGUAUCCGAGAGGACCGCAGUUGAAUGUGUAGAUUGGUUUUCUGCAUGUGUUUAUGAGGUUUUUCACGAAGAAUAUUUGCGCAAACCUACUCAACGUGAUAUUGAGAGAUUAUAUGCGACUCAUGAAGAGAGGCAUGGAUUACCAGUGGUGGGGUCUAACAACGACCUUAAUGUUCUUGGCCAGUCUCCAGUUUUCAACGAUAUUUUGACCGACAAAGCACUUGAUAUAACGUUCACGGUGAACGGGCUCGCGUACAAAUACGGUUACUACCUUGGUGAUAGGAUAUACCCGAAUUAUUCUACAUUGAUGAAGACAUACUCGGUUCCUCAAAGUGAAAAGGCAAAGUUUUUUACAAAAAAACAGGAAUCGGCGAUAAAGGAUAUUGAGAGAGCAUUUGGAGUCCUUAAGCAGACAUGA